AUGUUGUGGGUUGUUUAUGCUCUGUGGGCGCGCCUUUUGUUCGAAGACAGACCUGCUGCCGUUCGCAACAGCCUAGGACCAUUUGAAUUGGCGACGGGGGGCGAGAUGGUGUCCAGACGGCGGAUAUUGUCGCGUUCGCGUGAUGACCUCUCUCAAGCGCUUGCGCAGGAAGAAGAAGAAGAUGUCUGGUAUCAGAAGGACAAAUUAUAUAAGGAACACAUACAAGAAGUUUUAGACAAAUGGACGCAAAUAGAUGACGAGAUAUGGGCCAAAGUAAUAGUGUUCGAGAAGAAUCGUCGGGUAGCGAAAGCUUAUGCGCGUGCGCCGGUUCUCACUAUCAACGGAUCGGAUGAUGGAUUUGAUGGAAUGAGAAUUGGACUCUGCGGAUUUGACAACCCACACCGAGAUCAGAAAACUGAAGAGCUGAAAAAACAUAUAGGACAGGGUGUCAAGAUCAAAAUGGACGACGCGGGUAACAUACUCAUCAAGCGCUAUUCAAAAAGUAGCGUGUUCGUGAAGAGUACAGCCGCUACCAGCAAUGAGGAGACGGCCAUAGGACAAGAUAUAGUUAAGCUGCCUGGAUACGCGCUGGAACAGGAGAAGAUCUUCAAGCUGUUCGACAUGAAGAAAUUCCAAUCGAACGUGAACCGGGAGCUACGCCGCUCAUAUCCAGACAGGAGACGCCUGGAAACACAAUGCUUGAGCGCUGUGUCAUUCGUCAAGGCAGACAAUGACCUGCUGGAGUGCCCCAUCUGGGUCCUGGUCAUCAACGUAGUAGCUAUGGACAUGCUCAAGUCGAAGUUGCCCCCAGUUCAAAGACCCUUGGACAUUAAGAACCGACCUCGGAUUCCGAUUCCCGACGAAGACCCCUACAGUAUCGCCAGUUCCAACGCAAACGGAUCUGGCUCAAGCGGUAGUUCUGGUGGUUACGGUCACAAUGGACACAUAGCUCAAAAUGGUCAUAUGCCUCAAAAUGGUCACAUGCCGCAAAACGGUCACAACGGCCACGGUGUCGUGGCUGCGACUAGGGAACAGCUCAUGAUGCAAAUGGGGCAGAGGAGAGGGGAUAAACCACCGAAAUUGCCACCAAGGGAGAACGGAUACGGCCCAGCUGACAUUCCUAAACCUGAUUACGACGACAUCGAUGACCGCGUCCCCACACAGUUCCCAAGAGGUAAAUCUGACAAAGGAAAGGAUAACAAGAAAUAUGAUGACCCCUACUACUGCGGUCUGCGCGCGCGCGUCCCCAACUUCGUGAAGGCGAACGGCAAACACGUGCUCCCGGCGAUGACGGAGCGGCUCACCCUAAAGGAGACCCCGGUGCCCAGCAAGCGCUACAGCGUCGCCCACGCCCAUCCGGGCCCCUUCCCGGCUCACAUACCCUUCGCCCCAAUGCCACAAGCGGCCCUAUGGCACGCACGUUCCUACGACAACGGAAUCGACGGAGACCAUUAUGACCCAUACGCGUUGUACGGUCGUCUGCCGAUGCCAGGCAGGGGAUUCCCACCACCACCAGCGCCAAACGCCCGCCAUAUGUUCAUCGAAGAUUGGGACUAA